GAAGCUUAAGUCACGUGAUCCGCAGUGCUGACAGUUCAGACGCUCAGAAAGUAAACGAAGAUUUACUGACAAAUGUGAGCCUCUGCUCUGUUUGUGACUGAACUGACCAGGGAAGGGGCAGCAGAAGGGGUUGUUUCCACAGGAGCCCAGACCAGUGUGUGUGGCCCAUAGUGUUGACAGUCAACACAAAAACAUUCAGAGACGCCAGAUUUAUAGGGCAGUUGUGUUUGAUUUCUAAUAGACAAGAAAUACUUUGAAUAUUUGGAGGUUAAAAUCACAAGGGACCACAGGUUUAUAGGCCAGUCAGCAGGAUGGCUGAAGCUCAUUCGGCAGUUGCGUUCUCAUUUCAAGUGACCCAUGAAGGGGUAGAUGUGAAUGUCAACCAUGAUGCCCUGAAGGCUGUGUGGGACUCAGGUGUUCAUUCAUGGAAAAAACGUCUGGGAAAAGCUAAGAACAAGAUAAAGGCUGGCACAUACCCUGGUUCACCGUCCAGCUGGCUGUUUGUAACAGUCACAGUUCUUUCCCUUAGACUGGCAGAGGUUGACCCUUCAUUUGGCCUUGUAGGAUUGCUCCAGCGUCAUAUACCUGGGCUGAACAGUGAGACUACAGGUCUGUACAUGGGCUGCCUGAUCUACUCCACGCUCCUAUGGCUGGGUAUAAUCCUGUUCCUCAAGUACACACUCAAACUGCUGCUCAUGUACCAUGGCUGGAUGUACGAGGGGCGUGGCAAGAUCUCCAUACAGACCAAGGCUUGGCUGUUGCUGGUACGUAUGUUUGGUGGGAGGAAGCCCAUGUUGAACAGCUACCAGGCCUCUCUGCCCAAACUGGUGUUGCCAUCUGUGAAAGACACCAUCAAUAGGUACCUGUUGAGCAUCAAACCCAUCAUGGAUGACGAGAAGUUUAACCACCUGUCCAAGCUGGCCGUUGAUUUUGAGAAGGGGCUAGGCAAGAAACUACAGCGGUACCUGCUUGUCAAGUCCUGGUGGGCUACCAAUUAUGUGACAGAUUGGUGGGAGGAGUAUGUCUACCUGCGAGGACGGUCACCAAUCAUGGUCAACAGCAACUACUACGGUGUGGAUGCUGUGUUAGUGCACCCUACAAAGAUCCCGGCAGCAAGGGCUGCCAACGUGACAUACGUGAUGCUGCAGUACCGCCGUGACUUGGACAGGGAGGAGCUCAACCCAAUCCUGCUAAACAAGACAAUUCCCCUGUGUUCGGCCCAGUACGAGCGUCAGUUCAACACUACGAGGAUCCCGGGGAUCGAGGGUGACCGCCUCAUGCAUCUCAAGGACAGCAAGCACGUUGCCGUCUACCACAAGGGACGAUUCUUCAAGGUCUACAUUCACUUCAAGGGGAGACACCUGAUGCCUAAUGAGCUUGAGAAGUCGUUCCAGAAGAUUCUGGAUGAUGAGAGUCUGCCAGUUGACGGAGAAGAGCACAUUCCUGCCCUGACUGGGGGAGACAGGGUUCCCUGGGCCAAGGCAAGGACAGAGUUCUUCUCCAAAGGCAAAAACAAAGCCUCCCUCGAUGCCAUUGAAAAGGCUGCCUUCUUCAUCUCCUUUGAUGAUGAGGCUCAGGAUUUCAUUAUGGGAGACCAGAAGAGUUUUGAUGGGUUUGCUGGCGCUAUGUUACAUGGUAACGGGUAUAACCGCUGGUUUGACAAGUCCUUCACCCUGGUUGUGCUUCCCAACGGCAGGAUUGGGUUCAAUGCUGAACAUUCCUGGGCCGAUGCACCUAUAAUGGCCCACUUAUGGGAGUAUGCAGUAACAGAUGAAUACGAUGUGUUAGGAUACACCGAGGAUGGUCACACGAAGGGAGACCUGACCGUGUCUACUCCCAACCCCAUCAGACUGGAAUGGGAUCUCCCAGACCCUUGCAAGCAGGUGAUUGAGAACAGUCUACAGGUAACAAAGCAGCUUGUGGAUGAUGUUGACCUGCGACUUCUCAUGCACGACGCGUUCGGGAAGGGGCUAAUGAAGAAAUGCAAGACAAGCCCUGACGCCUUCAUACAGAUGGCCCUGCAGCUGGCAUACUACAGGACCGCUGGCAAGUUCAGCCUCACAUAUGAAUCAAGUAUGACGCGACUGUUCCGUGAGGGGCGCACAGAGACAGUCAGACCCUGUACCAUGGAGUCAUGCACUUUUGUUCGCGCUAUGGAAGACUCCAACAAAACGAGAGAGGAGACUCUAGUGCUGUUUAAGAAGGCCACAGAGCGUCACCAGAUGGGCUAUAGGGAUGCUAUGACAGGGAAGGGUAUAGACCGGCACAUGUUCUGUCUGUAUGUGGUCUCCAAGUACCUGGAGAUAGAGGACCCCUUCCUCACGCAGGUGCUCAGUGAACCAUGGACACUCUCAACCAGCCAGACGCCCCACACCCAGACGGACAAGCUGGAUCUAAUCAAGUAUCCUGACCGUAUUGCGGGCGGUGGGGGGUUCGGCCCAGUGGCUGAUGAUGGUUACGGAGUCUCCUACAUUAUUGCCGGGGAAAACUAUCUCUUCUUCCAUGUAUCAUGCAAGCGCUCAUGCCCAACUACUAGCUCUGCCAAGUUUACGGAUGCCAUAUGCAAGGCACUUGCCGAUAUAAAGGACCUAUGUUUAGACACGAAGCCAGUUCAAUGAGCCGGGACACAAAUAUACACACUCUAGGGUCCAUACUCAUAUACAAAAUCUACUAUGACAAUUUAUGAACCAGUCUGUUGUACUGCCACACAAUUUUAAACCAGUCCAUUUUAAAUUUGAUUUUUGUUAUACAUUCUUUUAGAGAAAGUCCUGUUGUAUUGUUGCUGUGAAAUUAUUAUAUACUUGAUCAAUGCAAACUAGAGAGUCAGGGGUGUUAUUUUAAGCUUAGUUUACAAAAUUGUUUUUAAACACUUACAUCUUCGUUGCCUUUUGGGUUUUUUUCUACCUCAAGUACAACUGGUAGAGAUGUAUUUGCUUCGUUUUUUAACACAGAGUAUACCUUAUAUUUUAACCAUCCUUGUAAGCUAAGCUUAUCACUUUAAAAGACAUAUUAUAUAACAUAUAUUAAUACAGUAUGAUGUUAGCAUAGUGAACUAAUGUUGUGUUAGAAAAAAAAUCUCAGUAUGUACUCACUCUUAAUGUAUGUGCUUUUAUUUAUUUAGAAUGUAUAUAUGGAGUUUAUGCUCUAGUGUGACGUCAUAUAUAUACUAGGCAGACAUUGUCAUAUGCAAUGGUAGUAUUUAAAGCAUGAUAUUACUUGUAUAUUCUUGUAUUUUCUUGUGCUGUUUCACUUUAUUAACACAAAAUGCUUUCCCUGCACUUUCAUAGAAUGUGUCUUCAUUUUUUUUCUUUGGAUCGGGGCUUGUAUGUAUAAAACAUCUUGAGUCAUUUCCUAACUUAUAGCAUUUCGUUGAAAAUUCAUUGCUAUAUGUGUAUAAUUGGUUUUAACAUGGAAAUGUCAGUGAAAACAAAAUAUCUGAGAGUGAAUCAAGUUAUGAUAACAAAGGACAGGUGAGAUAAUUAAAUCAACAAAAGGACUUUAAAAUCAAUGUUUUAUAGAUACUGGCCCAGAAUAUUUGAGAAUUGAGUAUGAUGUUGAACUUGAACCUGUGAUAAUUUUCAAAGAACUUUUAAAGUUGUUUUUUGUCACAAAGACUGUUAUUCCAUUCAUUAAAAUCUAAACAUACAAUAACUUCUGUUGUAAAUACAAAGCUGGGUGAUUGAUACAUGUAUAUAUAAUAUGCUUGCCGGUGAAUAAUAGAGAUUUGUUAUUUAAAUUAUAAUAAUAUUUCACUGUUUUAAAGUAUUUGUUUUAUAUUUUUCUCUGUUUUAGAUUUUUUGCCCCAUCUCACUUCCAAAUCAAACACAGCACAGAGUAGGAACACAAUUUCAACAAUGUCAUUUGACAAAAACACUCCGUUUGCAUACAGUUUGACAAGCUUUCUUUUUAUUUCCUUUUAGGCAUAUAAUGAAAAUACAUUUUUUUCAGUGUAAGAUCUCAAAACAUUUCACCUAGUGUAUAAUAACAGUAAAUAUUUCACUUGUGGCUCUGCCACUCUUGAAAUAUAUCUUUCAGCUUACUUUGUGAAAUCUAUUACAAUAUUACACUGAAACAAUAAUCCUCUGUACGUUCUGUGGGCAUACUCUGAUGUUGGUUUAGGAAUACUGGUAUUGGUUUUUCGUUGUGUUUGGUUUGGAAAUGUUAGUUUAAAGAAGAUAUCAAUUUUUGAGCUGAUCAUUCUGUAUCCAUUAAAAGAUGCAUUAUAUGUUCAAAAAUUAUUCAUUUUCUUGAUUUGUUCUAUUUUCUGAUUUGUCAUUUGUCAAGUUAUUUUAUUAGUACUGUCAUUUAUUCCUUCAAAUUUUAUUUUAGUUAAUAAACAUUAGUUUUAGUUUUAGAAAUGUCUUGAUAUAAAUGUCUUGAUAUGUUUAUUUCCAUUUUACCUUGAUUGUUUUGUGAUUCAAUGUCUGUGAAUACAUUUAGGCCAUCGUCAAGGAAAAAACAAUGCAAAGUUAGGCUAGAUCCUUUGAAACAAUACCAUUAGCUGAUUUGGAUCCUUGUAACCCUGUUGAAGUGAUGCCUCAAUCUAUAUACUGUAAUCUAAGCUGCACAAUGCAUUAUAGAGCUCAUUGUUUCUUUGUGUUUUCACCGAGUAUGAUUCUGUAAUUCAACGAAGACUGAAACUGAGAGUCUUUUAUUUCAAAUGAUCAAAGUACAGCUGUAUAUUGUGUUCGAAUUGUGCCUGAUUGGAUUGGGUUAGUAAAUGAUUUAGAGGGAACUUAUUUUUCUCAAUAUUUUUAAAUGAGUGGAUGAAAUGAUCAGGAAAUUAGCAAUGUUUGUUUCAUGUAAGAUAUAGUUGGGAUAUCCAAUAUCUUAAAGCUAUCAAAAAGUUCAUAAUCACCAAGUUAAAUUGUUCAAUAUGUAGAUUCCAUUGAAAUAAUUAUUUACAUGAGCACACAAUUACUUGCUUCAAACUCCUUUCCUUAGUCAAACAGGAAACUGAGAUGUGGUAUUUUAAUUGGACCAUUUCUUUUGUAUAAGUUGUUUCCAGUUUUAUCAUGAACUAUUGGUAGUUUUGUUUGACUUUCGGAAUAAGAUGUGCACAAUGAUAAAAUACAUGGUGAUAGCCUUCAUGACCUCAUGAAAUUGUUUUAUCACUUACCAAAUACUAUAUGUCAGUUGUAUUAAUUGCAACUUUCAAUUAAACCAUAACAUUUGUGUACAUGAGUAUUGGGUAUAAGAAAAACAACUGGGAACAAACUUUUCAUCUGCUUCAACUUAAAGGAUUAAUUGUCUUGACUGUUUGAUUGGUUUGUAUGUGACAUCCCUUGAUCAUAAUAUUGUUAAUAACCGGCUUCAUAGGCUAGCUCACCAAACUUGUUUGUAUUUUGACCAUUAAAUGUUGACAUGGA